AUGGGGAAAUAUGGGUUUAAACUGGCGAGGGAAGCGCAGCGGCGAGAGAUAGAAAGGAGCAUAACAGAGGGUUUUCUUUCUACAGCAAGUAUUGUCUCCCGACGCUCCUUCGUCGGGGACUCUGACCAAAUCACCCGCGGCGCUGUUCCUUUCGUUUGGGAGAUCCAAACCAGGAAGUCGCGGAUCCCGCCGAAAUCGUCGCACAACCUAAGGAAUCUCCCAUGUGUUUAUGGGCGGAAGAUGAGCUUCUUGGCGAUUUGGAUCCGGGAUUUCGGAUCUCAUGGUGGGAAAUUGAAGAUGUUUCCAGGUCGGAUCCGUCGCAAUGUUUAA